AUGAUUGCAGCUUCUGGUUUAUCACACGAGCAUUCGCGACCUCGAGAAUCUCCAUUUCGAUCUGACUCAAGAAGCCGACCGCGCGAAGUUCCAUCCCAGGCAGCUUACUCGCCUGCUAAUUCCGCAACAUCAUACCGAUCUUCGACAUCGAGUGCGACACCCUCUAAACGAUCUUGGGAAUCAACAGAAGCCGGAACUGAGCAGAAACAUAUUUCGUCUACCGGGGGUGCCUCUCGAUUUCCUACGCCGCCCGAUUCUUCUUCGCCGAACCCCGCUUCUGAACGCGUAAGAGCACAGGAUGCGAGUCCCUCGUCGUCAUCAGAAUACAUGGCAUCGGAAACCCAGACGACUGCACCAGCAGCAAUCCCUACACCUGGUAGCUCUACACCGACGCCGACCCAGCAACAACCCUCUCCAGAAUCAGACACAUACACGUCGCCGACCCCGCGGGUUCACGCUGACGACGCCCCACCCCCACAAGAAGGACACAUCAUCUACGUGCGCGACCUGGCGCACAUCCAGAGCCUUGCUCGUGCCGAUCUGAUGAACGGUGGAAAUGGCCCGGGCAUACUAAACGAUCCACCGCUCCAGGCAAUGAAGUAUGAAAUUAGCCAAAUGCCCAUAGGUGAUAUUAUCGAAAUGGUCGCUGCUCUCUUAACAAAGAUUACAACUACCAAUGACCUUCAACACGAUGCUUUGCAUAGGAAUGCAACACACCAGCAGACGGCAGCCACCCACAACAGUGAAGGAACCUCGAUGAGCCCUCUCAGCAGCUCCGUCCUUGCGUUCCAUGGGAAAAACGUUCCCGCAAUCACGAUUUUAAGUUAUCUAAGUAGGAUUCAUAAGUACUGUCCGACUACCUACGAGGUCUUCCUGAGUCUUUUGGUUUACUUUGAUCGGAUGACGGAACGGGUCAACACUAUGGUAAUGGAGGCUGAGGCAACACGAAGGCAAUCUCACUCUCAGCAGCCUCGCGUCUCGGUGGCAGAGACGCAGGUUGAUCAGACACCCGACAGUGAAAUGCGAGAUGAGGAUAGCGAUGGCGACGAAACCGAAUCUGACCUUGUCGACAAUGACACUGACGAGAAAGCCAAAGUAAAGAGGCCUAGGGAAAAGAGAGUCCGGGAACCGCAACCGCCUCCGUCUGCCGCCCCAGCCACUUAUUUUGUUGUGGAUAGCUUCAACAUACAUCGAUUGAUAAUCGCAGGUGUCACCUGUGCGAGUAAAUUCUUCUCGGAUGUAUUUUACACCAAUUCGAGAUAUGCCAAGGUUGGUGGUUUGCCAUUAGCUGAGCUCAAUUAUCUUGAGCUUCAGUUCCUGUUAUUGAACGAUUUCCGCCUCGCGGUACCUGUCGAAGAUCUAGAAGCAUACGCUACGAUGUUGGUCGAAUUCUAUGCGCGGGAAGUGGUUGCACAACGUUCUCGACCCCUCAGCGGGACCGAAUGA